GCCGCAAGCACCAUUCGCUGGUUUUAUGAACCCAAACUGUUCCAUUAACAAGUUGUUCGAAAUUUGAACCGGCUUCAAAGUUCAAACAAAUUUGUUCAAUUUGAAGUUUUCUCGGCACCGCCGGCGCUUCGAUCAAACAAACAUGCGGCCAUGUACUGCUCCUGCUCCACCCGCCGCCUACGGAGCGCUGUUCAUCUUCUCAAGGCCUCCUUCUGGAUACCCAGCCACGUAAGUUUCAGAGCUUCGAUUUCUCGUAAUCACACUCACUCAGAACCCAGCCUUCGACAUGUUACCCAAAAACACAAUUUAUCAGACAAUUUCGACAUCGAGCUCCUGCUUCAAUUGCUGCGAAAUGCGUCUUCUCCCACCCCUCACCUUCUCAGCAAAACCAUAUCCGCAUGCACAAAAUCUGGCUAUCUGGAUUUGGGAAUUCAAGUCCACUCAGCCAUUGUCAAGUUGGGUUUCUCUCUCAAUGCUUAUAUUUCUAGUGCUCUUGUCGAUAUGUAUGGUAAAUAUUGUUCUAUGUCGAACGCCCAAAAGGUGUUUGAUGAAAUGGAGUGUCCAAAUGUUGUCUCUUGGAAUGCCUUGGUUACUUGUUAUUUACAAGCUGGCAGACCAGAGAUGGCAAUUACUUUGUUUUUGGAGAUGCUAAAUGUGGGGAUAGAACCCACACCCUUUAGUUUAUCUGGUGUUCUUGUGGGCUGUUCUCAGUUACAAGAUGGAAAGCUUGGAAGUCAACUUCAUUGUUUUAGUUUGAAACUAAGGUUUUCAUCUAAUGUUGUUGUUGGUACUGGACUAAUCGACAUGUACUCGAAGUGUUGCAACCUUGAAGAUUCAAGGAGGGUGUUCAAUAUAAUGUCAAACAGAAAUGUUUUUACUUGGACUUCAAUGAUCUCUGGGUACGCUCGGAAUCAGAAACCGGAUGAGGCAAUGGUUUUGGUGCGAGCAAUGCUGCGUCUGGAUCUUAAACCAAAUUAUAUGACUUAUAAUAGCUUGCUAAGUUCAUUUUCUAGUUCUCACAAUUUUCAUCAAUGCAAGCAAAUCCAUUGUCGGAUAAUAGCGGAAGGGUUCGAGAGUAAUAACUAUAUAGCCGCUAGCCUUGUUACUGCAUAUUCCGAAUGUUGCAGUAGCUUGGAGGACUAUAGGAAGGUUUGCUCGGCCAUUACAAUGUUCGAUCAGAUUUCAUGGAAUGCAGUCAUAGCUGGUUUUUCUAACUUGGGCAUUGGUGAGGAAGCUUUGGAAUGUUUUAUUCAGAUGAGGCAGGCAAAUAUUGAUGUAGACUUUUUCACAUUUACAAGCAUUUUUAGGGCCAUAGGGAUUACUUCAGCUCUGGAAGAAGGAAGGCAAAUUCAUGGUCUAGUUUAUAAAACUGGAUUUGCCUUAAAUUUAUUUGUCCAAAAUGGCCUCGUGUCCAUGUAUGCUAGAUGUGGUGCUAUCAGUGAUUCAAAGAAGGUGUUCUCAAUGAUGAAUGAACAUGACUUAAUAUCCUGGAAUUCAUUGCUUUCAGGAUGUGCUUACCAUGGACGUGGUGAAGAGGCCAUUGACUUGUUUGAGCAAAUGAGAAGGACAUCGGUCAAACCAGAUAAUACCUCGUUCCUUUCUGUGCUCACUGCUUGUAGCCACGUUGGUUUGCUGGAUAAGGGACUUGAAUAUUUCAAUUUGAUGAUAAAUAGUAAUUUGCUUGAACCUCCAAAACUGGAGCAUUAUGCUACAGUGGUUGACCUCUUCGGUCGAGCAGGAAAUCUUCAUGAAGCCGAAGCUUUCAUCGAAAGCAUCACAGUUGAACCAGGACCAUCUAUUUACAAAUCUUUGCUAAGUGCUUGCCUAAUUCAUGGAAAUAAGGAUAUUGCCAUUCGUACCGCAAAAAAAAUUUUGCAACUAUACCCACAUGACCCAGCAACUUACAUCAUGCUGUCAAAUGUGUUGGUGAGAGAUGGUAACUGGGAUGAUGCUGCUAGGGUAAGGAGGCUCAUGUCCAACAGAGGAGUUAAGAAAAAUCCUGGUUUCAGCUGGAUGUGACUUCAAUAAAAGGAUAAACACUCAUUUUGGCUGAAAAGAAAAUUCAACAUAUUUAUGAUCCAACAAGGCGGAUGGUUGACAGUAUAAACACUUCUCUAUUGUGGUUGAUAGCCAGUUCAGUAAAGUGGAGUAUUAAUGGAAUAAUCUUGAUAAACUUCCUCAACACUUUCAGGUGUAUUCUCUUAGAUACUGGGUCCACAAGGCUCAUCUACAUCUACUUAUGUUUUUAUUCAGAACCAACUCGUUUAUGAUCAACCACCUGGGGAUUUCACUUGUAAACCAUUUGGAAUGUUCAGAAUUAAGCUAUGCUUCUGCAGGAGAAGCCUCUGAAGUCACGCUGAGUAAGGAGAAAGAGUUUAUGCAUCAUUUUGAGGUGCACCAGAAGCAGAUGUGUUAUACCAAUCAAUAUCUGUAGUUGCUUGUAAGAGAAAGAGGGAGGAAUAAGAAUGUACCUUUCAUGACUAGAAAGAAAAUGGUACACACAGAGCAUCCUUCCAAACUGAGAAAGGAGCUCCUGGAGCUAAAGCUUAUCAGAAAAAAUUUCCUGCCUCCAGACUAGUUCUGUAAGAAAGAGAAUGUUCCAAGUUUCAAACAAGAAAUGCAGGAUUGACUGCUGAGAUCGCCUGCAUGGGCAGAUUGAAUUAGUUCCUGUUUUGUUUUCAGUAUAUAAUCGAUGUAAAUACUUUGGAUUGGAAGUACAUCGGGAGUAUUGAUGGUAACUAGCAAUUUUGUCUAUUAUUCAAUGAUAUUAAGCUAACGGUGAAGUUUUAUUACAACAACAAUGUACAAUACUGGAGCAUAAUGGUAUUUGCUUCAUCAAAAAGCAUUGGUAUAUAA